ACCAGGAACCCGUGCUGUCACAUGGUCACAGUCACCUGAUCACAGUCACGUGUGCUCGCAGUCACAUGACCGAAGGCGGACCUAAAGGAAACCAUGCUGUCCCUGAAGAAGGUUCCGACCGCAGAAUGUCACCGUCUCUGUCACAGAGUGGUGGACGAGAUCUGCAGGGGUGAACCUCCGAGCCUGGUGGACUACAGUGAUACCUGGAGCCUGGUGGAGUGGCUGGACCUGAAGGACUGCCUGACGUCUCUCCUCCUGAAGAUGGUGGGGGACGGGUCCUCUGAUGAACAGGUGUUGGCGGGGCUGAGCGACGUGGGCCCUGGCUACGGUAAGGCUGUCCUGAGUGUGCUGGAGGCCCGGCGAGAGGAGCUCCGAAAGGCUCUGCUCCAGAGGACCCACCUGAUGUCCAGCGCCAAUCUGCAGGACUUUGACUGGCAGUUAAAGUUAGCCUUGUCCAGUGAUAAGAUUUCAUCACUCCAGACGCCGCUUCUCAAUCUCAGCCUGUAUGUGCGAGAGGAGGGAGCACUCCGGUCCGUUGCCAUAGAGAUGGGCAGGGAGGAGUUGAACACACUAAUCAGCUCCCUAGAAGCUGCCAACAAGGUAGUGCUGCAGCUGAAAUAAUAUACAUCACACUCCGGUUCUCUGGCCAAAGGAACAGGCUGGGACGUCAUCAUUGUGAAAUUAGCUACACUGAUUUCUGUCAAAGUACAUUGUCAGAUUAUAUUGAGAAUAUUAGAUAAAUGUUUAUGCUCACAAAUUAGUAGUCUGAGAACCGUUUCUGCAUAAGGCUCUCUUUAACUUCUAAGCAUUCCCCUGCAAUAUACUUUGUGCAAUAAAUGUGUAGAAAGAA